GCCAUAAUCAAGGAAGAAAAUCACAAUUAUGUCAACAUAACCUCAAAUGCACGUGCUUUAAGAUAUUGUCUCAAACGAAAAGUAGCGAUAGAUUUCACGGAUGCUAUUUUUGUGUUUCGUUUACAUACAUUUCAGAUAAAGUGAACGAGUACUUGACAGGAUGGAUCUCGUGAAUUCAAUUUUGGAAAAUGAACCACGAGAGAAGGAUCCACGUAAAACAACAUUAGUGCACAAAGAUGUGGAACUUGAGACGGAUGUAGGAUCUCUCUUGGCAUUUGAUUACAAUACAUUGAACAUAAAAGAACUGAAAUCUCAACCGGAACAACAUUUAAAGAAUUUAACUAGGGACAAUGUGCAAAUAUUGAUCAAUAAAAUCUGGGAACUUCCAACAGAACGUAUCGACGAAGUGAUAGUGGCAAAGCUACCAAAACCUGAAUACGUAUUACCUCGAUCUCGUGAAAUUCCAAAACCGAAACCUUUAACUAAAUGGCAACAGUUUGCUAAGCAGAAGGGUAUCACUUCUAAUAAGAAAAAUAAAUCUAAACUUAAGUGGGAUGAUGAAUUGAAAAAAUGGAUACCCAAGUUUGGUUACAAACGUAGUAAAGCAGAGGAACAGAAGGAAUGGUUAGUAGAAGUUAACAAUGAAAAUAAGGCCAUGGAAGAUUCGUUUACAGUCGCGAAAGCAGCAAAACAAGAAAGACGGUCUAAAAAUGAACUACAGAGGCUGCGUAAUAUCGCGAAAGCAAAAAAUAUUAAGGUUCCUCAGGUAGGUCUCCCUACCAGAGAACAUUUCCCAGAUUCACAGCAACUUUCUCAAGCUAUUACCGUUGCACGUACAUCAACAGCAUCUGUAGGCAAAUUCCAGAACAGGUUACCGAAAGAGAAAGAUGCGAAAGGUAUCGCGAAACAAGUGCCAGGCAUGAAAAGAAAGGCCGAAUAUAUUCCGUCAAAUGUGCAAGACGAGAAAAGACGCAAUAAAGAUUUAGCGGACAACAUUCUCAAAAGUAACACUAAAAUUCUUCGCGAGGACUUUGCUGUACCAAAAGUAAAACCGGCCAAGUCGCAGAAAUCGCAAAAGUCGCAGAAAGGGAAAAAAGGAGUGAAGAGUAGGGGAAGUAAGAAACCAAAAGCAGGAAAAGGAAAUCGGGAUAUGCGCCUUAAAGUUGGUGGCAGAAAACGAAGAUAAAACUUAACCGUUCAUAUUUGUAAUUCGUCCAUGAUACCUUAAUCUAGAUAAGUUUUGAUAAUCACGAGUUAUCAAUCUCUACGAAACUUAAAUGUAUCGAGUUAGGAUUGCGGACAUUGAAAAGGAAGACAUUGUUGAAAUAAAUAAAAUCGCCAGAAGAGUGCGUUGAUUAAUCUAAACGAGUAGUUUCCAAGCUUUUCGAUCAACAUUCCUUUAAAAAAAAGAAGUUGUGUUUAUAUUAAUUAAUUCAAAAUUAAGUAACUCUUACGAUAUCGAUCGAUAGAAGUUUCUGUUCGACGAAUAUAUAGUACAUUAUUUGGAGAAGACCUGUGAUAUAAGAUAAAGGACUGCUACAAGUGUUGGAUAUCUUUUCCUAUUGAUAGACAGAAGUUUAACUUGUAUACAUUUUUUAUUGUAGAAUCGUAGUUUACGAAUGUAAUUGGGACUCUGUCGCGUGGAUAAAACGUGCAAACGAAUCGCAGGGGCAGCAUAGCAAGUCGAUAAGGCAGGUUGUCCUCUGGCUACAGAAUCAGGGUAACGGGAGAAAGGUGAAAGGUCAAAAGCAGCACGGGAUAUCGACUCGGGGAAGUCGAGAGGGCGAGGUAACCUGGCCGCGGGUACGAGGGAGGGCAAGUGCGAAAGCGGGUUGCCCUAGAAUCUGUAAGGGGUUCCACCCCGCGUGUGAUUUUAUACGUAUCGUAUAUGUGUAGACGUUCAAUGCCAUCUGAACAAAAUACAAACGCAUCGGGGACACCUAGCACGAUCCAUGGCGAUUACAAUGACGAACGGCUCAGACUUUAUAUACAUUUUAAUUGUCGUACGCGAAGAGGGGUCUCUUACACCCAAACCCUCGUCUAUAAAGAAAAAACAGCUACGUAAUAAUUGCUAUCAAUCUAAAUAUUUGAAUAAAGAAAACUUUAAUUUGUCUCACUUGAAUCGAUAUAAUCGUAUAAAUCGUAUAAAUUGCUAGUUCCGUCAGAGCACACAUAGCGGUGUGUUUAUCGUUGUGCUUUUUCUAAUAGGAAAUUUUUAAUAGGUUAUCUGUUACGAUCUCUCGACGUAUCUACCGAUCGCGACUAAUUUUGACGUUCAUGAAUAUUAUCGGAUAAGUAAUAAUACCGUAUUGUCGAGGGUGGAAUAAGGACAGAGAGCGGGAGAGGCAACGCCACACACUGCAUGUAACAUUUCGGAUCGCAAGUGCAUUAUCCUACUUACGUGUCCUAUUUGACCAUCAAACUGUUAAGAGCUUCGAUAUAUGAUAUAGUUCGCGGACUAAUCUAGAAAAUAAUCUUUGGAUGCGGAACGUACGAAUAAAUGUAAACGGCUAUGUCCAUUCAAUCUGGGCUUCUCGGGGCCUGAAGCUAAUUACUCUGAGAAGCUCUUCUCUAAUCAUUUAUGUUUCUAACCAUUGACCAUUAAUUCGGUAUUGGAAUGUUUUCGAGUAAGCGUGAAUCCUUAAAAUGACUUUCUUUUACAACGAUAGUUUGGGGCCCAUGACAAGUUAGGUUAUGCGACAUCAGUACUUUGUUAGUACUUUGCUAACAGUUUACGCGGGAAAGAGUUCGAUAACGGAAUCGAUCGUGGAUCGAUACGUGACCGUAAAAAUAUUUGCAUAGCCAGGGCAACGAUAGCGUAGCACGAUACAUUUUGUUACUCGGAGGAACAAAUUGGCAAAGACUCCCUUUCUCGUACAAAAUAUCUUUUAUCACAAAACUGAUCGACGCGGAUCGAUUUUUUGAUAUGCUUCAGCCUGGAAACGAACUGGAACGAGUGUCGAUUGUGCGUGACUGAUUGCAGUUCGAAAUACUGUAAUAUCGAACGCCUUGCAUCUCCAUGCAGACAGUGAAAUAGACACCUGAGAAAAAUUUACGUUACAGGUUACCAGAAAAAAUGGUAAUUUAUGUUUUCUCGAAUCGUUCAAAUUCUUGACACGAUAUACGAAGUGUCUUACAGUGUUACGCUACGCGGAUGGGAAUUCCGACGUUGAGCUAUAUCAACGAUGACUUUCAUAAUCUGUAAUCAUUGUUCUUACUGUGCCUGGUCUGAUCGAAAGUAGUGGUGACAAUUAAGAGAUUUACAAAAUGGAGGUGGUUGUCUGAAUCAAGGGGCCCGAUUGAAAGUAGUAACGGCCGACAUUACACGUACGUGGUUGCCUACACUAAGGGGCCCGAUUGAAAGUAGUAAUGACCAACAUUACGCGGACGUUGUUGCCUAUACUAAAGGAAAUUUUUUUUUUUUAUUCCAACAUAGACACUUAUUAUUAGAUUAUUACUAUUAAAGCAGUAUUACUCAUUACUAUUCAUACAUUGCAGGAGCAGCUCUUCUACGUGGUAGAACCAUAAAUAUCGAAGGUGGGCAGAACUAUUGCCUAGAUAGAGAUCUCGAGUAACGAAUAAACAAUCAACUGUGUAUUCGUUGUACAAUGAACUAUUUCAAGAUGGACAUUGGAUUUUAAAAUUAUACUAGGGCACGGGGUAAUUUAUUUAUGCCUAAAUUGCUUCUCAAUUCAUAUUCGUUAAUUUACCUUACUUUUCAGUUCGCCAAGGCGGUGUAAUCCCUGAAGAUAGUUUGACUAGGCGAGGGGGACUGUAUUAAUACGCUGAUAUAUGGGUGACAGGGAUUAUUCCCUAAGGAGUUAGAAAAUUAUAAAGGUCAGCGGUCUUCGGACCUUCGACGUAACAGAGAUUCGGUAGUCUCCGCACGCCUCAGGGCUCUAUACACAUCGUCGCUGGUAAUCCCUGGAGAGUGGUGCUUUUGGCACACGCUGUACGUAAUCGAGCGACGCAGCGCGCGUGCGAGGGUGCAGGGGAAGGGUGGUUGCCGAGCUAGAGGACAGAGGUAACCGCCGCGCGGUGCUCAGUCGGUGGUUGCUCGGGGAGAAACGGGCGCGUCCACGAAGUGCCGGGGAUAACGAUGGAGGCUGCGUUAAUCGCACCGAGCGAGUGAUACGCGCCGCGCGUUACACGGGGGGAAUCGUGUCCUGGAUUCGUGGCCCGCGGUUGUCCCCUUCGCGGCCACCCCUCCCCCGCCGGACACCAGAGUGCGUGUGGCAUCCUCUCCGUUGCCAACCGUGUGCGUGAGUGUAAACCCGAUCCGACGGUGGUGGCCGUCUCCUGCAACUUCCGUUACAGAAGAGGAAAAUAAUAGAAGAGCGAGACACAGCGGGGGGGGAAAGGGAUAACGACGAACGAUAGAAAACUGUGCGACGUAG